AUGAAGGAGGAAGAAGCCCCCAGAGAAACUCCCGAGGAAUCGCGCGACGACGAAAACUCCAGCUCGAAGCUGGCCAAUCUGUCUGCCAAGGAUAGGAAAUGUCAAUACUGCGAUCAGGCCUUCACCUCUUCAUCGCUGGGCCGACACUUGGAUCAGUUUCUGUUCAAGAAGAAGCCUGACGGUGUUCACGAUGUUGAGGAGAUUCGGCGCAUUCGCAGUGGGAUCACUCGUCGACAGGCCCGCACAGCUUCGGGUAAGCGUGAUGAUAGUCCCGAUUCUGUUCAAAAAAAGGGUCCCUCAGACACCUAUGCGACCGGAGAAUCAAGUACCAAGUCGCGGGAUGCACCUGUGCGCAUGAUGUUCAAUACCCCGACCUGGCACGCAACGGGCGUCAUCAACGACAUACCAAACCCCAAUCCGAGUCGGCCUCUGGAGGGACCUCGCGUCACACCUUCGCAAUCACGGUCGGCGUCUCUGCAGCUCCCCGACUACGCGAGUAGGGGUGCCACUGCCAACAACCCGGAUACCAUGAAGGCCCUUGAGCUAGCACUGCGCGAGGUACUGGACAAUAUUAAGGCUGCUACUUCUCGAUUCCGUCCUCGCCUGUCCCCGUUUGACUUCGAUAUCCAGUCGCAAACCUUCCCUGCACUGUGCCUACAUCUUCUUCCCCCUCCUCCGAGCCUGUUCAGCGCCCAGCCAUUUCCCUCGCAGACAUCCUUCCCACUACAACCUCCUGGUCCAGAGCAUGUGGAAAUUCUCCGACAAGCACUCAGAUCUAAAAUUUCGCAAUGGCAGUCUGACCAGAUCGCCGCCGACUCCACUGGCCAUCCUAGACAUUUGACUGGAGGACUUGACCACAGUAUGGUCUACCGAACCGCCCAGCAACACGAGGAAGUUAGCAUGCGACAUCUAGAGCUGGCCUUCAAUCACUGGAGUAGUGUGUCUUUUGAAAACCGCCGUGAUGCUUGGCAGCUAGAGAUUACUCGCGCAUUUGCACGGGAAGCAGAACAACGCAAGUCAGUGGACGACCAGCUCGCUCGGGUACAGCAAGAGGCGAAUCAUCUCCGCGCGCAAGUCGAGCGUCUCGGAUCCUGCCAGUGGCCCCGCGAAUUUGCCCUAUUUCCGCCGGACACACUCCCUCUUUCACGCGAUGUUGCACGAGAACUGGAUGCGAAGGAGAGUCAGAUCAGCCCUGAGUCAUCUCGAUGGGAUUAUGACAGCGUCGUGACCAAAUGGAAGCGUGUUGUCAUGCACGAUAAGAGUAUGGGCCGGAUCGGCGUGGGUUACAAUACCAAUUCCGGCGGAUUCGGCGAGCCAGAUGGUAGCCACCACCGACAAAGUCCUGAUGUCCGACCUCCUCGCCCAGGAGAAGAUACGUCUACUCACCCGAAUCGCCUGCGGCCCCUGCAGUCUGCUGUUGCCAUGAGUCCUGACCCGGGGGCUGUGUCGACACCCGCAUCUUCUCACUACGCCUCUCCGUAUUCACACAACGACCCCCGCAGCCCGCAAACCAGUAAUGCUAAGCGACCAAAGCUCAUGAAUGGAUCCGAAGGUCUACAGACCCAGGAGCCACUUGCACAUUCAAAACCCAUGGGACCCGCACCUUGGCCUUCCUCUACGCCUAUUCUUUCCAAUCUAGCCGCGCCGUCGGGCCAAACACCUCCCUCAGCAUCGCGGGGUUGA